AUGGCGCUGUUUGUUGAGGUCUUUCUUUUGUACGGAGUCUACAUUCUCCUCUACUCCUGUUUUAACUCCUCGGAGGAAAGGGUUUUGGUUGGAAGGAAAACCCUCGGAUUCUGCGAGAGCAUUGAGGUUUUGGUCGUCCACAGGCUUGGCUGCCUCAUUCCGUACGUGCUUGUUUACGCACAAAUUCUCAGCAGGUCCUCCAUGCACGCACUCUUUGGGCUGCUCGCAGAAAUUGCCGCGUACAUCAUCGUGAAGGACUCCGUCAUCGUCUACAUAAAGGACCUGAAAAUAUUCACGCGGUCUUGCACGCACCUCCCCAUAAACCCCUCGGGGCACACUUUCAUGCUCCUGAACGGGAUUUUCAUCCUCUGCCCCGUCCUGUACAAUGACUGCAGGCUCCGCAGGCGGGGAAUGGCCUUGGUCUCUGCAGCGGUGAUCUUCGAGUACAACAGGCUGCUCAUCUCCACAGUCACGUACUACCAUACGUUCCUGGAUAUUGCCCUCGGAGUCGCAACGUUCCUCCUUUUCAGGGCACUCGUUAGGCCCGUGCGGAGCCUCUACAGGGAAAGCGCGUACGAAAACGAGUGGGGCGUGCAGGGAUACUUCUUCAUGUGCGCAGCCGUGGGGGCUUUGAUCUUCCUCCGGGGCCUGAGCUGGCCCGCGUGCUUUCAGUAG